AUGUCUGUUACAAUGAAGUCGUCCGAGGAAGAGACCAAACCUCUCCAAUUUUUAACAUUCAAUUUUGGUGUUGGAGCAAGGCUAGCGAAUCACGUAUUCGAGUUGGCUUCCGUUUACGGAAUCGCUCGAGAGCUCCAAAGAACACCAAUAUUUUAUAUAGUGGAGAGGAACUACGAGGAUCAGCUGAAACAAGUCGAAGAAGCUUUUCCGGGUCUUGUCUCUCAGUAUAAAAUUGAGACAGGACUGGUUCCGAAUGACGCCGAGAAGAUGGACAUCGGCAGAAACUGUUGUCAGUAUUACGACAUUGGGGAAUUUCGGGGGAAAUCGACACGCCAUCUACACCUCACCGGCCAAUUUUAUCAAAGUUUCAAAUAUUUCGAGAAGUACAAGGAUGAGAUUUUGAAUUUCGUCGCGGGACCCAAACAAUUCAAAACACUUCCAAUGUCAAGCUCCUCCAAUUUCAUAUCCUGCAUCCACGUGCGUCGUGCCGAUUUCGUAGACAACAAACAUCAAGCUACCGAUCUUGAAUUUACCAGAAAUGCCUGGAAAAAAAUCCAGCACGAUGUUUUUGCUGAAGGUCGAGAAUACCUCACAGUUGUUAUGGGAGACGAUCAAAAGUUUGAGAAUCAAGUGUUCCCAGAUGGACAUAUAUCAAAUAGCACCAAAUCUGCUCCAUUGAACACCACAAUUUGGAUAUCUGGCAACUCGCCAACCGACGAUUUGAUCUACUCGCGCUACAAUUGCGACUCCCUUCUGAUCACAGCGCCUUCUUCAACCUUCGGAUGGUGGUUGGGCUAUAUUUCAAAAGGGCAAACAGUUUAUUAUAUAGAUAUUCAGCAAACCAAAGAUGCGGUUUACGUUUCCGGCCAAAUGCGUGUCGAAGAUUUCUACCCGCCGAGCUGGCACAAACUGUCCAUAUCAUUUGCAUUGUUUUACUGUUGUCAGCAAAUUUUCUCUAUAUUCUACAACUUCACACCGGAAUUGGACUGUGCCGACAAAAAUUUCACAUUCUCAAAACCGAAAUGCGAACUAUCGAAAGAGGAAAUCUGCUCGCAGCUCUCUUCGAACUGUUCGCAAUUCGUUGUGGGACCAUCGCCAUUCCAUUCGAUGGUCAUGGACUUUGGGAUGUUUUGCGGUGACGCCGCCUACAACGCCGCCUGGGUGGCUACAAUUCAGUUCAUCGGCGUCCUCGUGGGAACAAUCGUCUACGGCCAUUUGGGCGAUCAUUUCGGCCGGCGACCGAUCUCGCUGAUCGGAAUUUCGAUAGGCGUCGCGUUCGGCGCUGGAUCGGGAUUCGCGCCGAAUUGGCAGGUGUUCGCCGCGCUGCGAUUCGUUUGCGGCACCUCGAUCGCCUGCAUCCUCGUCGUCUUCUACGCCUACAUUCUCGAGUUCAUUCGGCCAGAGCAACGCGUUUUCCUACGAAGCUUCUUCAACUGGGGCUAUGCUCGUGUGGUAUUCACCUUCGUCUGCUGGCUGUGCGGAUAUUGGAGAUCAGCAGCCAUCGCCACCUCCCUCCUAGCGUUGCCGAUCAUCCCAAUCGUGAUUCUCGUGCUUCCCGAAUCCUCAAGAUGGUAUUCCAUCAAGGGAAGGCACGAGGAGGCUCGUUCCGCCGAACGCCGCAUCGCAUUCCUUAGCGGAAUCCCAAUCCGAAAGGAGGACGAGGAGGAGUCGGAUCAGAAGCUCGAUAAGCUUGACGACAAGGUGUACACGAUUCGCGAUUUGUUCACGUCACGCAAAAUUGCGUACCGCACAAUUGUCGUCGGCUCGUUGUGGUUCUCGACAAGCUUGUCGGCGUUCGGCUCGGAUUUGAACUCCGGCAAUUUGGCGGGCAAUUUCUAUCUCAGCCAAUUCGUGUCGGGAGCCGUCACGGCGUUCGCCAAAAUAUUCGUGUUCCUCCUCGACACCUUCCUUCCUUCGUUUGACCGCCGACGCCUCCACCAGCUACCCCAAAUCGCCAUGCUCAUCUGCUACGGCUCCAUCAUGCUGCUCAUGUUGCUCCCAGAGUCUGACUGCUCCCAUCAAGGCGCUCGCGAUCUAGCAAUAAUCCUGAUAAACAUUGUUGGCGUUUCAUUUAUCGAGAUCACAUGGGAUGCCUGCUAUCUGGUCGCUGUUGAGUGCUUCCCAACUCGAAUCCGCACCAUUGGCAUCGGAACCUGCUCGCUGCUGGCGAGGACCGGAGCCCUUCUAGCUCCACAGAUGGCCUACCUCUCGGAUCUGUUCGAACCAGCGCCUUAUGCUGUCGUCUGUACGAUCGGCUUCCUCUCCCUCCUCAUCUCCUUUAUUUUUCUACCAAACACCAAAGGAGUCGAUCUCGCCGAGCUCGACAAGGAUGAAGCAUAA